AUGGUAGGACCGGAUCUGGACACGGAAGUACUAGUACGGACGGGAAUCCUCAAAACCAACACCAUGCUGAGACAACUAGAACUGCGUCAGGGCGACCACCUCGCGAGGAUGGACGACGAGCGACUGUCCAAACACCUCUUCUAUGGAUAUGUUGCCACGGGUACUUGUCGAAAAGGUGGGCAAAAACGGCUCAACAAGGACACUUCGAAGAACUCUCUGAAACUACUGCAGAUCAGCCAAAAGACCUGCGAGGACCUCGCCCAGAACAAACCGGCCUGGACAAAAGAAAUGAAAAUCGGUGCAGCAAUCUACGGAGACGAUCAGAUCGUUGUCGCCAAAGCCAAAGAGGAGGUUUGCAAGUCACAAGCUCCCCGGACUCCUCAAUGCCAACAGUCAGCAGUUUCCGACAUGCAUGAGCUGCCAACGCACAUUCUGCGGGCGAAUCCGCUCCUAGGACACCUUUAGACCCAAUGCACCAACAACCUGGCAGCGUCAAAUCCCUCCACACUCGCCUGUGCCUCAAACCCCGCGACGACGCUCAUCCCCGCCACCGACGAUCACACUGACGUUGCCCCACCGCUAUCAAUCAUCGAAAUCAUCCGUCCUCCCUCAACACCUGCGUCGACCACAGCCACCAGCACUGCGCACUCUGCCCACUGGUGGAACGACUCCCGACGUCUCAUCACAAUUAGCAUAACACCACCCCAUCUACAGUUACGUGGACUCGGUCCCAACCUGUUUUCAUCGCGAUCGCACAUUCACCUCACACAUCAGCCUGAUUGGUCACUUGUGAACUCAUCGCACAGAGACUGA